CGACCCCACCAACCAAUAGGAACCUGGAGCUGCCCGGGCCAGCCCUAUUCCGGCAGCCCCAGCGAAGCGUGGGCGGAGUUCCCGGUCUCUCGCAGUGGCUGAGUCCCGGGGACCGUGAAGCCGGCGGCCACCGCACAAGUAAACAGGCCUGGAGUCACACUUCCAACACUUCCAAGAGGCAGCGCAAGGAAGGGCUCCUGGUUGCUGACACCCCAGACCCGCAUAGCAGCCUCAUGGAGCUCAGAGCACUCAGGACUGGCCUCUCUGGGGCUAGCAGGUUCUUCCUGAACCUUUAAGGGCGCCAACCCAGCCCAGGCGCCAUGGCGCACGGUUUCCCAGUGGGCUUUGACCCAUUGGGCCUAGGAGACCUGAGCUCUGGCUCUCUGAGCUCCCUCUCCUCCCGAGGCCACCUGGGCAGCGACUCCGGCUCCACCGCAACGCGAUACCUGCUAAGGAAGCAGCGGCGGCUGCUGAAUGGGCCCCCCCGCGGAAUACGAGCCUCAUCGCCCAUGGGCCGUGUCAUCCUCAUCAACUCCCCCAUCGAAGCUAACAGUGAUGAAAGUGACAUCAUCCAUGCGGUCCGGGUGGAGAAGAGUCCAGCAGGGAGGCUGGGUUUCAGCGUGCGCGGGGGCUCGGAGCAUGGCCUGGGUAUCUUUGUCAGCAAAGUGGAGGAGGGGAGCAGUGCAGAGCGGGCUGGCCUGUGCGUGGGGGACAAGAUCACAGAGGUGAACGGGCUGAGCCUGGAGAGCACCACCAUGGGCAGUGCUGUGAAGGUGCUGACGGGCAGCAGCCGCCUGCACAUGAUGGUGCGGCGCAUGGGCCGUGUGCCCGGCAUCAAGUUCUCCAAAGAGAAGACCACGUGGGUGGAUGUGGUGAAUCGGAGGCUGGUGGUGGAGAAGUGUGGUUCAACGCCAUCUGACAGUGGCUCAGAGGACGGUGUGCGGCGCAUCGUCCACCUGUACACAACCUCUGACGACUUCUGCCUGGGCUUCAACAUCCGUGGGGGCAAGGAGUUUGGCCUGGGCAUCUAUGUGUCCAAAGUGGACCAUGGUGGGCUGGCUGAGGAGAAUGGCAUCAAGGUGGGAGACCAGGUCCUAGCUGCCAAUGGUGUCAGGUUUGAUGACAUCAGCCACAGCCAGGCCGUGGAGGUGCUGAAGGGCCAAACACACAUCAUGUUGACCAUCAAGGAAACUGGACGUUAUCCUGCCUACAAGGAGAUGGUUUCUGAGUACUGCUGGUUGGACCGAUUGAGCAACGGGAUGUUGCAGCAGCUCUCCCCAGCCUCUGAGAGCAGCUCCAGUGUCUCCUCGUAUGCCUCCAGUGCCCCCUAUAGCUCAGGCUCCCUGCCCUCGGACCGCAUGGACGUCUGCCUGGGGCCUGAGGAGCCAGGCAGCCAGGGUCCAGGCUGGGGACGGGCGGACACAGCCAUGCAGACGGAGCCUGAUGCGGGGGCCCACGUGGAGACCUGGUGCAGUGUGCGGCCCACAGUCAUCCUCAGGGACACAGCCAUCCGUUCUGACGGCCCCCCAACUGCCCCCCGCCUUGACUCUGCACUCUCUGAGUCCCCCAAGACUGCUUUGUUAUUGGCCCUCAGCCGACCCAGGCCCCCCAUCACACGCUCCCAGAGCCACCUGACCUUGUGGGAAGAGAAGAAGCAGCGGAAGAAGAAGUCAGGGUCCCCUGGGGAGAAGGGUGCCCUGCAGCGCUCCAAGACGCUGAUGAACCUCUUCUUCAAGGGAGGGCGGCAGGGGCAGCUAGCAGGGGACGGACACAGAGAGGCCUGGACACUGGAAAGUGGGAGCCCAGCCAAAGUCCGCCCUCGCCUGGACAUGGAGAAAGGAGGCAUGGGACCUGUGCAGAAGUUUGUCACCUGGAGACUGAAACGUGACCGGGAGAGGGGCCAGACCCUGCUCUGUGCCAGGUCCGGGAGCCCCUCUAGCCAGCUGCCCAACAUAGAUGAGCUGGUACAGGCCUGGGAAAGCCGACGGCCCCUCAUUCAGGACCUGGCCCGGCGGCUGCUGACUGAUGACGAGGUACUGGCCAUCACCCGCCACUGCACCCGGUAUGUGCAUGAGGGUGGUGUGGAAGACCUGGUGAGGCCUCUGCUGGCCAUUCUGGACAGGCCUGAGAAGCUGCUACUGCUGAGGGAUAUCAGGAGUGUGGUGGCCCCCACGGACCUGGGCCGCUUUGACAGCAUGGUGAUGCCCGUGGAGCUAGAGGCUUUUGAGGCCCUCAAGAACAGGGCAGUCCGGCCUCCUGUUUUGCGACCAGCUCGGCAGGACACACCACCCAAGCGUCACCUCAUCACCCCUGUACCUGACAGCCGUGGAGGCUUCUACCUGCUGCCCGUGAACGACUUCUCAGAGAAGGAAGAUGCUGGAGAGCUAAGGGAGCGGCUGGGGGGCCUCAAGGUCUCCCUGAGUGCCCCUGCACACUGCCACUCUCAUAAAGGAAUACUCCCUCUCCAAGAUGUGCCAGUAGAUGCCUUUGCCCCCUGCCGAAGCGCCAGCACACCCCCUCCCCAGCCACCCCCCGUGGCUGCCUGGCCUCUGAAGCCUAACUGGCUGCUGACAGAACCCCUGAGCCGAGAGGAUCUGGGGCAGAGCCAGAGCCAGAGCCGGGCCCAGAGCCGCAGCUGCAGCCGCAGCCGCAGCCGGGGUCGAGGCAAGUCUCCUGCACGCAGGCGCUCCCCAUCUCCAGCACCUAUCCCCACUGCCAGUAUGGCCAAUAGGCGCUACCAUAAGCCCCGGAAGGCUAGGCCCGCUCUGCCACCACCUCCGGAUGGUCAGGCAGCCAAGGCAGGGAGCAGGCAAGGGCCCUCAGAGAAUGGAACUGGCCAGACAGUAGAGGAGGCAGCCACGCAGGCCCCCAGUGGAGAGGUGAGGACGGUCACAUUGUCCAAGAUGAAGCAGUCCUUGGGCAUCAGCAUUUCUGGAGGCAUUGAGUCCAAGGUGCAGCCCAUGGUGAAGAUAGAGAAGAUCUUCCCCGGGGGUGCUGCCUUCCUCAGUGGGGCCCUGCAGGCUGGCUUUGAGCUUGUGGCAGUAGAUGGAGAGAGUCUGGAGCAGGUGACCCACCAGCGAGCAGUGGAUACCAUCCGACAGGCUUAUCGAAACAAGGCUCGGGAGCCCAUGGAGCUCGUGGUCAGGGUCCCCAGGUCCAGCCCACUACACUCCUCCUUUGACUCAUCAGUACUCCCUGAGCAGCACCUUUCUGCUGAUGGUUCCACUGCCCACCAAGCUCUCAAUGCUACUGUAGAUCCUGCCCCCUGGCUCCCAGAACCUCCCACCAAUACCUAGCCCCCUGUCACAGAUACUGGCCUCCUCCAGCCAACUCCCAGCUCCAUCCCGUCUCCAGCUCUCCAGAUCCCUGAUACUUACUCUGCCUAUAUUCUCUCCACUUAUCCCAUGACCCUUUCCACUAACCUCAGACUCUCACUGACCCCUGCAUCCUGCUCUUUCCAGGGCCUCUCCUGCUAACUUUCUCAGGAUACAAGAAUCUCCCACUCCUGCUUGCCCUGCUCAGUCCCAGCUCCACUCUGGCAGCUCUCAUCUUCCCACUUCCCUCUUCAGGUAUCACUAAGGCUCUGCUUUAAACUCUAAGGACAAGGUGCUAGGGGGCAGCCUGUUACCCACACUCACUGUUCCCCAGCCUUCCAAGACAGGAAAGGGGCUGAGAAACCCAAAGUCUGGAGUCUGGACUUGGACACUUUCUCACGAUGCCUCUUUGAUUUCCCCCCUAACAUUGAGGGACAUGGACUCCCAGGGCCCUCAAGGGGUCAAUGUACACAGACAUCCCCCAGUCCCAAGCAGCAUUCUGUGCAAGGGACAGGGAUGAAAGACUACUCAUUCUCUUCAACUCUAAGAGACUGUUUCAUGUUGGAGUCCACUAGGACCUCAGAUUUUCCACUUU